AGCCGGAUCUCAGUCAGUGUGGAACUAGGUUGCCGCACACGUUGGCGGGGGUGGGAGGGUGUCAGACUGGACUCCGUACCACGAAAGAUCCAUCCCGGAAGUGCUUACUGGUCGUCUCCAUGCGCCGGUUCCUGGGCGUCGUAGAGCCAAGGCGCGAGUCUCGGACUGAGAGGUAGAGCUGGGGAGACCGUAAGCGCCCUCCGCCCGGGACGUGAACCGCUGCUCCCACCGGGCUAGACCCGGCGUCAUCAUGCUGCUCCUGCCAAGCCCCGCGGACGGCCGGGGCACCGCCAUCACCCACGCUUUGACCUCUGCCUCUACACUUUGUCGAGUUGAACCUGUGGGAAGAUGGUUUGAAGCUUUUGUUAAGAGGAGAAACAGAAAUGCUUCUGCCUCUUUUCAGGAACUGGAGGAUAAGAAAGAGUUAUCUGAGGAAUCAGAAGAUGAAGAAUUGCAGUUGGAAGAGUUUGCCAUGCUGAAAACACUUGAUCCCAAAGACUGGAAGAACCAAGAUCAUUAUGCAGUUCUUGGACUUGGCCAUGUGAGAUACAAGGCUACACAGAGACAGAUCAAAGCAGCUCAUAAAGCAAUGGUUUUAAAACAUCACCCAGACAAACGGAAAGCAGCUGGUGAACCAAUAAAAGAAGGAGAUAAUGACUACUUCACUUGCAUAACUAAAGGAUCCCCAGGUGAUUCUUAUCAGAAGCUCAUCCUACAGUUAAUUCAUCUUAUGAAAUGUUAUCUGAUCCAGUGAAAAGACGAGCAUUUAACAGUGUAGAUCCUACUUUUGAUAACUCAGUUCCUUCUAAAAGUGAAGCAAAGGAUAAUUUCUUCGAAGUGUUUUCCCCAGUGUUUGAAAGGAAUUCCAGAUGGUCAAAUAAAAAAAAUGUUCCUAAACUUGGUGAUAUGAAUUCAUCAUUUGAAGAUGUAGAUAUAUUUUAUUCUUUCUGGUAUAAUUUUGAUUCUUGGAGAGAAUUUUCUUAUUUAGAUGAAGAAGAAAAAGAAAAAGCGGAAUGUCGUGAUGAGAGGAGAUGGAUUGAAAAGCAGAACAGAGCAACAAGAGCACAAAGAAAAAAAGAAGAAAUGAACAGAAUAAGAACAUUAGUUGACAAUGCAUAUAGCUGUGAUCCAAGGAUAAAAAAGUUCAAGGAAGAAGAAAAAGCCAAGAAAGAAGCAGAAAAGAAAGCAAAAGCAGAAGCUAAACGGAAGGAGCAAGAAGCUAAAGAAAAACAAAGGCAAGCUGAAUUAGAAGCUGCUCGGUUAGCUAAGGAGAAAGAAGAGGAAGAAGUUAGACAGCAAGCAUUGUUGGCAAAGAAGGAAAAAGAUCUCCAGAAAAAAGCCAUUAAAAAGGAAAGGCAAAAACUUCGAAACUCAUGCAAGACCUGGAAUCAUUUUUCUGAUAAUGAGGCAGAGCGGGUUAAAAUGAUGGAAGAAGUGGAAAAACUUUGUGAUCGGCUUGAACUGGCAAGCUUACAGUGCUUGAAUGAAACACUCACAUCUUGCACAAAAGAAGUAGGAAAGGCUGCUUUGGAAAAACAGAUAGAAGAAAUAAAUGAGCAAAUCAGAAAAGAGAAAGAAGCAGCUGAGGCUCGUAUGCGACAAGCAUCUAAGAACACAGAAAAAUCAACUGGUGGAGGUGGAAAUGGAAGUAAAAAUUGGUCAGAAGAUGAUCUACAAUUACUAAUUAAAGCUGUGAAUCUGUUCCCUGCUGGAACAAAUUCAAGAUGGGAAGUUAUUGCUAAUUACAUGAACAUACAUUCUUCCUCUGGAGUCAAAAGAACUGCCAAAGAUGUUAUUGGCAAAGCAAAGAGUCUCCAAAAACUUGACCCUCAUCAAAAAGAUGACAUAAAUAAAAAGGCAUUUGAUAAGUUUAAAAAAGAACAUGGAGUGGUACCUCAAGCAGACAGCGCAGCACCUUCAGAACGAUUUGAAGGUCCAUAUACGGACUUCACCCCUUGGACAACAGAAGAACAGAAGCUUUUGGAACAAGCUUUGAAAACAUACCCAGUAAAUACACCUGAAAGAUGGGAAAAAAUAGCAGAAGUGGUGCCUGGCAGGACAAAGAAGGACUGCAUGAAACGAUACAAGGAACUUGUCGAGAUGGUAAAAGCAAAGAAAGCUGCUCAAGAACAAGUGCUGAAUGCAAGUAGAGCCAAGAAAUGACUUGAUGACAAUCUUUGUUGUAUGUGCAUUUUUAUAAUAAAACUGAAAAUACUGUAAACAUUUUCAUUCUUAAAAUUAUACUUAUGGUGGUAAUUUGAAAGUAUGCUGCUUCCAGUAUAAUUUCUCAGAGAACAAAGAUUGACCAUUAAUACAAAACAACCUUCAGAGGGGUAGUCUUUUUAUCCUUUGAAAGUAUGAUACAGUACUUCAUUCAAAUUUCCAAAUGUAUAUACAUGUUUUCAUUCAAAUGUAUAUACAUGUUCAUUUUUUUUUCUAGAUCUGUUUUAUAAAUACAUGUGUUCAAACAA